UGCUAUUAGUGAGUGAGAACAAGGAAUUCCCAUGUCAAGUAGCAUGCCAUACCCCCCUCCAAUAUUGCAAGCUCAGGGACAUCUGUUAGGAGGCUCUGCUUAACAGCACAUUCGAAGAUGUCGUUCCUAGCGCUCAUGUAGGCAUAUAAAACGAGCACGGCUAGUGUACCUGGUCCUCCAUUCCACUUUUUUUUUACCUCCUUGCACACUUGUCACAAUGCCCUCCAAGGCAAGAUCAUUGGUGGAGCUCACCAGGAUUCACUGGUUUCCAGUGGGGUCCGACUUCAUGUUCUGGCCUUUUGCGUGGGGCUCCCUGGCAGCAUCAUACCAUGUUGCAUUACCCAUGAAUGAGGUCAUCAUGAACACUUUGUUCUAUGCAUUGUUGGGCACGCUGGUACAUAGUGCGGGCUGUGUCAUAAAUGAUAUGCUUGAUCGCGACUUCGAUCGCAAAGUUGAACGUUCGAAAGGCCGACCGAUCGCGUCUGGAGCUGUCACUAUGACAGAGGCCUCGGUUCUUCUGUUCGUGCUCGUUGCUGCCAUCUUUUACAUGUUCUCAACUGCUGGCCCUACGGCUCUCACACUUGGUCUUGUUGGACUCCCUGCUUGUGGCGGGACGUAUCCCCUGAUGAAGCGUUGGAUGUAUUGGCCGUCUUUGUACCUCGGUUUUGCUGCUAGCUGGGCCGUCCCAUUCACGUGGGUGGCCAUUACGGGUCAGUUCGAUUGGGGCAUGAUCCUGAACGUCGCUGUUGCGUCGUGCUGCUGGACGUGUCUUUACGACACUAUCUACGCGUGUCAGGACAAGAAGGACGACGAAAAGGCUGGAGUCAAGUCCAUGGCGGUCCGUCUUGGCGAUGGCAUUCGUCUAGCAUUGAGCGUAUUCGAUGUCAUUUUCUUUGCAUGUCUUCUAUGGGCCGGGUACUUGAACGACCAGCACCUCCCAUUCUACGUGAUGAGUGUCAUUGCGCCCUUCCUCCUCUGUCUCUGGCACAUAUGGUCAUUUGAUCAUAAUGAUCCUAAAGACAGCUGGGAGAAAUUUACAGCAGGUCGUCAUGGCGCAGCGUUGGUUUGUGCAGGAUUGGUCGUGGAUCAUUAUCUUCAAUCUUGCGUCUCUAGCCAUUUGAGCAUACACUUUCAUCUCGAGCUAGAUUCAUGGUGGUGCCGUCAACGUUCAUGUUAAUGUACACAAUACAGUAACCUUGUGCUUUCGUGUUUUCUCUCAGAGCAUUGCUUAUGUUUUUCUAUUUAACUUGUAGACAGCUGAUGAUGUAGUAUGAUAAUUACAUCCAGAUGGCAGGCUGCGAAUUUGGGUGAUACGCAAUUACGAGUUCGCGUUGCGAACUUCUGGCCUUGCUUUGAUAUGCAUGCAAUUGGCAGGUGCUUUAAAUUUCUGCAAUCGCUAGCGCUCCCGAACGGACUCUA